CUGUGAUGUGUGUCGUUCGGCCCGAGGGCUUUCCCCAGCUCUGUCGGACGGACGAGAUCGGGGAGCUGUGUGUGAGUUCAGUCGCCACGGGAACGGGAUACUACGGCCUCACCGGGAUGACCAAGAACACGUUUGAGGUGUUCCCGGUGGGCGAGGAGGGCGAGCCGCUUGGCGAGCGAGGCUUCGUGCGGACGGGCCUCCUGGGGUUCCUGGGCCCGGGGGGCCGUGCCUUCGUGGCGGGGAAGAUGGAGGGUCUGAUGGUGGUGGGGGCGCGGCGGCACAACGCCGACGACCUGGUGGCCACCGCCCUCGCCGUGGAGCCCAUGAAGUUCGUCUACAGAGGGAGGAUCGCCGUGUUCUCCAUCACGGUUCUCCACGAUGAGAGGGUGGUGGUGGUGGCGGAGCAGAGACCUGACUCUACAGAGGAGGACAGCUUCCAGUGGAUGAGCAGAGUGCUGCAGGCUAUCGACGGUAUCCACCAGGUGGGGGUCUACUGCCUGGCUCUUGUGCCCUCCAACACGCUGCCCAAGACGCCCCUGGGUGGGCUGCACCUGUCAGAGACCAAGCAGCUGUUCCUGGAGGGCCGGCUGCACCCCUGUAACGUCCUCAUGUGCCCCCACACCUGUGUGACCAACCUGCCCAAACCCCGGCAGAAACAGCCUGAGGUGGGUCCGGCCUCGGUGAUGGUGGGGAACCUGGUGUCUGGGAAGAGGAUCGCCCAGGCCAGCGGCCGGGACCCGGGGAACCUUGAGGACCAGGACCAGUUCCUCUUUCUGUCCGACGUCCUGCAGUGGCGGUCCCAGACGACCCCGGACCACGUCCUCUACAGCCUGCUGAACUCCAGGGGGGCGGUCAGCAGCUCCCUCACCUGCCUCCAGCUGCACAAGAGGGCAGAGAAGAUCUCCGCCAUGCUGGGAGAGAGAGGACAGCGGCUGGAGGGGGACCACAUCGCCCUCGUCUACCCCCCAGGCAUUGACCUAAUCGCGGCGUUCUACGGCUGUCUGUACGCGGGCUGCGUCCCCGUCACCGUGCGGCCCCCCCACCCCCAGAACAUCUCCACCACCCUGCCCACCGUCAAGAUGAUUGUGGAGGUGAGCCGUUCGGUGUGUGUGAUGACCACCCAGCUCAUCAGUAAGCUGCUGAGGUCCAAGGAGGCGGCGGCGGCGGUGGAGGUCCGCAGCUGGCCCCCGGUGCUGGAGACAGAUGACCUCCCUAAGAAGAAGCCCUCUCUGCUCUUCAAGCCGUCCAACCCUGAGAGCCUCGCCUACCUCGACUUCAGCGUUUCCACCACCGGCAUGCUGGCCGGGGUCAAGAUGAGCCACGCCUCCACCAGCGCCUUCUGCCGCUCCAUCAAGCUGCAGUGCGAGCUGUACCCGUCCCGGGAGGUGGCCGUCUGCCUGGACCCCUACUGCGGCCUGGGCUUCGUGCUCUGGUGCCUCUCCAGUGUGUACUCAGGCCACCAGUCUAUCCUGAUCCCCCCGGCGGAGCUGGAGCUGAACCCGGGGGUCUGGCUGCUGGCCGUGAGCCAGCUGAGGGUCCGCGACUCCUUCUGCUCCUACAGCGUCAUGGAGCUGUGCACCCGCAGCCUGGGCCAGCAGACCGACGGGCUCAAGGCGAAGGGUCUGGACCUGUCUCGCGUGCGGACCUGCGUGGUGGUGGCGGAGGAGCGGCCCCGCACCGCCCUCAGCCAGUCCUUCUCCAAGCUCUUCAGGGACCUGGGGCUCCACGCCCGCGCCGUCAGCACCUCCUUCGGCUGCAGGGUCAACCUGGCCAUCUGCCUGCAGCCUCAUAGGCUCGGGAAGCUUGCCGACCAGGGUACCUCGGGCCCCGACCCCACCACCGUCUACGUGGACAUGAGGGCCCUGCGGCACGACCGGGUGAGACUGGUGGAGAGGGGGUCGCCCCACAGCCUGCCCCUCAUGGAGUCUGGGAAGAUCCUGCCCGGGGUCCGCAUCAUCAUCGCUAACCCAGAGACCAAGGGGCCAAUGGGAGAGUCUCAUCUGGGAGAGGUGUGGGUGACCAGCGCUCACAACGCCAGCGGUUACUUCACGGCGUACGGCGAGGAGGGGCUGCAGGCGGACCACUUCACGUCCCGGCUCAGCUUCGGCGACACGCAGACCGUCUGGGCCCGGACCGGGUACCUGGGCUUCCUGAGGCGCACCGAGCUGACCGACGCCAACGGAGAGCGCCACGACGCGCUCUACGUGGUGGGGGCUCUGGACGAGGCCAUGGAGCUGCGGGGGAUGAGGUACCACCCCAUCGACAUCGAGACCUCCGUCAUCAGGACCCACAAGAGCAUCACCGAGUGCGCGGUCUUCACGUGGACCAACCUGCUGGUGGUGGUGGUGGAGCUGGAGGGCUCGGAGCAGGAGGCCCUGGACCUGGUGCCCCUGGUGACCAACGUGGUGCUGGAGGAGCACUACCUGGUGGUGGGUGUGGUGGUGGUGGUGGACAUCGGGGUCAUCCCCAUCAACUCCCGCGGAGAGAAGCAGCGCAUGCACCUCCGGGACGGGUUCCUGGCCGACCAGCUGGACCCCAUCUACGUGGCCUACAACAUGUAGGGAGAGGGGGAGGGGGAGGGGGAUAGGG